AGUGACAGAUGUCGUACGGGUUUUCAUAAGCAAGGAAAAAUUGUUCAGCUGAAGUUUUCGCUGCUUCCUUCGAGAAGAAGAUUUCCCAUUUUUCCUUUCGAGCGCGAUACCUACCACCAGCGGAUUGUGUUUGCGGAUAACACGCACGUAGGCGGGGUCUGGCUGCUGCGGGUGAUGGUGUCGGUGUACAAAAGGUAGGGAAGUUCUGCGCCGUGUUUUGGUCCGCUGGCGGGAGUACAUUGCUGCUGGAGGAAAGGAGGCAAAGAGAAAGUGUGCUGCUUCACCCGCUGCUGCAUCAUAGUUCUUCAUCGUGUCCCUGUUGUUAAGCUGCCCACGAUCCUCAAUCCUCAGCACAACACUCCAGCACCAUGUCCAGCAAGAAGCCGGAGAUCGCCGACAGCUGGGAAGAUAUUGACGAAGAGCAGUUGGCCAACGCGAUAACGAUACUGAAAAACUCAACCAGCAUUGAUGCGGCCAAUGCGGACAGUACCAAGCCUUCCGCUGCGUCUGGAAACACGGCCCGGCAGAAUACCCUACCGCAGAUGCUGGAGGAGGAACUGCGCCCGAAGAUAGUGGCCCGGCCAAUGCAGAUAUUGAAACGUCCACAGACCAGCGGUGGAUCGGAGGGGAAGAGUGCGGCGGACAGUAAACCCAAGACACAGAUCAAGUCACUCGACCAACGAAGGCAGGAAUAUGCCGAGGCUCGGUUGCGCAUCCUUGGUUCGGCUCAUGACGACGAGGAAGCCGAGACGAAGAAAACGACACCUACCACCAAUGGAUAUCGAAUAAACAAUGCUAAUAACAAUGUCGGUUCCAGCGGAAAUGGUAGUUCAAAUGCGAGUAGUACAAGUGGAGGUAGUGGUGGUGGUGGUGGAGUCGUGGGUGGAGAUGGCAUGUCCGGGAAUGGUGCAAACAAUAAUUCGAAUAACAUGUACCGCUACCACCCACCGUACCGGCAACAGGCCCCCAUCGGAACGUUUCCUCCAGCGAUGCAGAGCGGACCACAGGGACGGGGGCAAGGGGCACCGGUGGUGUACUAUCCGACCACACCCAACCAUCACCACCAUCCGCAUCAUCCCAUGCACAGUGCGCAUCAGUUGCACCCGCACCAUACGUUUCCACCGAUGCCACACCACCAUCACUUGCAUCCGCAGCAGCAGCAGCAGCAGCAACAACCACACGGUAGUCACCCUUAUCAACAUCAGCAGCACUUUGCCCAGCAUCUUAACCAUCAGCAGCCGGGAGGCCGCGACGGUGCAUGGUUCGUUGGCGGGCGCAAUGGUGGCAACGUAACGCUCGGGUACUACGGAGGCGGUAAGGGAUACGGCGAAGGAAGCGGACCGCUAUCAUCACCACUGCUCGGGCAUGCACCGCCCGGUGCCAUCCCGAACCAUGCGAUUUCGUACAAUGGCGGUGGAGCUGGAACAACAUUCGGACAGCCGAACUCUCACGGCAGUUCGGGCGGAUCGAAUAUCACUACCACUAAUCAACACGUGCUACGUUUGCCUGCCGGUCCGGACGGGUCGCAAGGCUUCAGCAUGCGACGGUAGCUAGCUGAUGUUGAUCGUAAUAUAGCAGGUAGUGGUGGUGGUGGUCGAGGUGAUGGACGAAUUGGUGCUAAAGGUAGACGGUGAUAUUCUGAUCAUCUUUCCGGACGAAAGCACUAGACGCUACCCUGUUGCAUCUACAGGUGGCCUCUGCCGUUCGCUUAAGAAAAACAAAGCAACCCAAUGUUUUCCCCCCUUUUCCCUUUGCACCCGUUGUCACGGUGCACCGAAAAAUGACCUUACUCAUUUUUUAACGUUUCCUACUCAUUUUUUUUUCUGUUUGCCUCAUCUAAAGAUGCUUUCGCCUAAAGAAGCAGUGGAAGAAAUUGACAGUCCUUAAUAGAGGCGCGUGACACGAUGUAUGUAUGUACACCCGAGGGACAUCCCAUUCACGAGAGCUUCAAUUCGUUCUAGUGUAAGGACUCGUUGAUGUGUACAAUGUUGGUUAAUUUGUACACAUUGCCGCUAUAAAAAAAAACAACAACAAUCAUUUACCUUCUUUUAGUGCUUUUUUAAAAAUAUGUAGUAUGAGUUAUGUAUAAAAUGCGUUAUAAAUAUUUGAUAAAAGGUGCAACUGAAAAAUG